AUGAUUUUUGUGUGUCUCAUUUCGACCAGCCCACGAUACUGAACAAAUGUUCAGCCCAACUGGCAUUUGCCAGUAUUGCUAGAUGACCAAUCCGCCCCUGGUGGGAGGCGUCUCAGAGGAGGAAUAUGUACAAGUUUAAACAAGUUCUCAAAGCUGGAGGUCAGCCGGGAGCUAAUAUAAAUGUGCUGCCGUUUGCGCGGCGGUAUCAUGGGCCAAGAAAACAUAUCCCUCUCUAUCUAGCUCUGACCUCCAACUCUUCAAAGCGCCUGACAGACACACCGAGCAGCACCCGAUGUAGCGCGCACCACGUGCCAUGGCCACUCGCGAGGGCUGCCACUGUCCGGGCGCCGGGGGGCAAAACAAUAAUAACAGCAUCCUGUACCAUAUACUGAAGAACGACAGACUCACGACCACCGAGGAACAACAAACAAUAACAAAACCACAACAACACCAACAGCAUCGCUGGCACAGGGUCUCCUCCUGUUCCUCAUCUUCUUCCUCUUCGUCGCGGCUUGAGCUAAGGCAACAACAGGCAUGCUCCUGCAGCUCCUCACGACGAAGGGGGUCUCUCCGGUCCCCGCAGGUUACCUGCAAAGCCGCAUCUGCGGUCCUCGUGAAGACUCUGCGGUUCGUGAAGAACGUGCCGUGUUUCCGCGAGCUGCCGGAGGAUGACCAACUGCUGCUCGUUCGGAACUGCUGGGCGCCGCUGCUCGUGCUGGGCUUCGCGCAGGACCGGGUAGACUUCGAGACCACUGAGACUGCAGAGCCCAGCAUGUUGCAACGGAUCCUGACCGGUGGCUCUGGCAGCCAGAGCGGCUUAACGGACAGACAGGGUGAACCGCUGCUGGAGCAGAGCACGGAAACUUCUGGGGUAUCUCUCGCGGAUAUCCAGGGCAUCAAAGCGUUCCUGAAGAAGUGUUGGGGUUUGGACAUCAGUACCAAGGAGUAUGCCUACAUCAAAGGAGCAGUGCUAUUCAACUCAGAUCUCCCGGGUUUGCGCUACCUCCACUACAUCCAGUCACUGCGGCGCGAGGCUCACCAGGCGCUCAACGAGCACGUGAGGCUGAUCCACCGGGACGACACCACACGCUUCGCCAAACUGCUCAUCACCCUGUCCAUGCUUAGGGCCAUCAGCCCCGCCGUGGUUGCACAGCUUUUCUUCAAGCCCGUCAUCGGAGCUGUCAACAUGGAGGAUGUCCUACUGGAGAUGUUCUAUGGGAAGUAGAUGCUUUCCAUGGUCUCGUCCAGAAACAACCCUUAGAUAUGGCCCCCUAUAAGUAGGCACUUCUAGCCCCUACUCCCUCGGCAAUUUAACCUAGCCCCUACCCUCUAGAAACUUAACCUAGCCCCUACCCUCUAGAAACUUAACCUAGCCCAUACCCUCUAGAAACUUAACCUAGCCCCUACCCUCUAGAAACUUAACCUAGCCCCUACCCUCUAGAAAUAUAACCUAGCCCUUACCCUCUAGAAACUUAACCUAGCCCCUACCCUCUAGAAACUUAACCUAGCCCCUACCCUCUAGAAACUUAACCUAGCCCCUACCCUCUAGAAACUUAACCUAGCCCAUACCCUCUAGAAACUUAACCUAGCCCCUACCCUCUAGAAACUUAACCUAGCCCCUACCCUCUAGAAACUUAACCUAGCCCCUACCCUCUAGAAACUUAACCUAGCCCCUACCCUCUAGAAACUUAACCUAGCCCCUACCCUCUAGAAAUAUAACCUAGCCCUUACCCUCUAGAAACUUAACCUUGCCCCUAGCCCAGGGUUUCACAAACUUGGUCCUCGGGACCUCAAGGGGUGCACGUUUUGGUUUUUGCCCUAACACUACACAGCUGAUUCAAAUAAUCAACUAAUCAUCAAGCUUUGAUCAUUUGAAUCAGCUUUGUAGUGUUAGGGCAAAAACCAAAACGUGCACCCCUUGAGGUCCCGAGGACUGAGUUUGGGAAACACUGCCCUAGCCCUUACCCCCACUUCCCCUAGCCCCUUACCCCUACCUCCUAGCCCUUACCCCCACUUCCCCUAGCCCCUUACCCCUACCUCCUAGCCCUUACCCACACUUCCCCUAGCCCCUUACCCCUACCUCCUAGCCCUUACCCCCACUUCCCCUAGCCCAUACCCCCACUUCCCCUAGCCCAUACCCCCACUUCCCCUAGCCCCUUACCCCUACCUCCUAGCCCUUACCCCCACUUCCCCUAGCCCAUACCCCCACUUCCCCUAGCCCCUUACCCCUACCUCCUAGCCCCUACCCCCACUUCCCCUAGCCCCUUACACCUACCCCCACUUCCCCUAGCCCCUUACACCUACCCCCACUUCCCCUAGCUACUUACACCUACCCCCACUUCCCCUAGCCCCUUACACCUACCCCCACUUCCCCUAGCCACUUACACCUACCCCCACUUCCCCUAGCCACUUACCCCUACCUGCUAGCCCCUACCCUCUACAUACUUCAUGUAUAUCUGACAUUAUUGUAUAGAAAUAAGCAAUAUGGCAGCUCCACUCUGCCCUCUGGUAGGCUAUAAAGGAACAGUUUUGCUCUGUUACAUCUAUCCAAUUUUCAGCUCAACACCUGUGGGGUUGGUUCUGGACUGGACCUUAAUAUCUAAAGGACAGACAAACAGAAUGUAAAUCUAACUAACUGUUAACCAACCGUUAGAUCUGAAUGGACUGUUGAACAGAAGAAUAGACAAAGGAUGAUAUUUGUUUGUUUUGUUAAGAAUGUUAUGAACACUGGUGGGUGAAGAACAGUCGGGGCAAAGGGGUGUGUGUUUUGGGAUGGGGAGGGGUGAAGGAGAGGAUACAGACCAAGAAGAGCUGCUGAUCGGACUCUAACUUAUUUCUUUUUACAUAAAACUAUUUUUCUAUAAUAAAAGUAUUCUCUGAACUGCUUUGCCAUGCUUGUGUCAGGUGAGUGGUGCUCUGACUGUCACUUUGGAGAUCAGAAAGGCCCCUGGACACUGAUCUAAGGUCAGCUUUGUGGUUUACCCCCUAGUUGUUAAGGUUCGGGAUAAACUGAUCCUAGAUCUGUGCCUUAGGGCAAGUUCAACCCAAAGAG